AUGAACCGAGCAUUGCUAGGCCUUCUCACCCUGGACUGGAUGAGAUAUGUCAUGGUGACAUCAGCUCGAGGUGGAUUGUACAGUAAAAUCCUUUAUUACUCCCACCGAUCGAAACGGGAUUGGAAACAACCGAAUCAUAUCAACACAAAGAAAUCACUAGACAAAUGUCAACAGGCGCCAGGCAAAUGCAUCCCAAAGGAAAAGACAGCGAACACAGGAGAGGGGGAAGAAAACGAAGCACAGCGAAAGAAAGUGGGUACUAAAGAAGGAAAGCAGAAAGAAGUGCCAUCGAACAGAAACACGUCGCGAAAAAAUCGUAAAAUACAUGAGCAACAUAAUCCACGAAACUUAGCAGAAAACCAAGUAACUUAA